AUGGAAUUAGCAGAUGCUAAACAAGAAGAAAUUAUCGAAUCAGAAAAAUAUUUAUCAGACACAGAGAAUUAUAAACACCAUCCAGAAUCAGUUUAUACAAGCCAAGAAGGUCUUCCUGACGGUCAAAUUCUUUACAAAGGUGAUUGA